AUGGCCAGGAAUCAUAACUGUAAUGAGCCCCUUAGGUACCUGUUAAAAGUCAUUCUUGCAUUUCUUUCCUAUUUUUUAGAUGUCCCUGACCCACCAGGGGACCUACAACUUUCUGAAAAGCAGGCAAAAAAUAUUAGAUUAUCUUGGAGUCCUGGAAGCAUUAAUAAUAGCCCAAUUAAUGAAUCCAUUGUGGAAUUUGAAGAAAACCGAUGGGCACCUGGAAAGUGGCAGGAAUUAAUUAGGCUUCCAGGAAAUGAUACUAUGGUUGUUUUACCACUGAUCCCUUAUGUAAAUUACCAGUUCCGUGUUAUAUCUGUCAAUGCAGUUGGGAGAAGUAAGCCCAGCGAACCAUCAGAACGAUAUGAGACACCUCCAGCUG